AUGGCGCUCGAUGGUCAGCCCCUGAGCGUCCGGGAGGGAUGCGAAAGGCUUGUGAAAAAUAAUUUUGAGAAUCACCCUUAUCAGCUCUUCAAGUUGAGGGAGUUUACGCCGCCAGAAGACGGUCUUUUGGCGGAAUUCCUUUCUACCAACAAGACUUUGUACCGCGAUCCCAGAAGAGAUAAAUACCCAAGCCUCGUAUUGAACGGUCUCCCAAACUCGGAAAGCCACACGGAAAAAGUCUAUGAGCACAUUGAGGCCAACAAGGGCGGGAUGAUUGGUCUUUAUGGAACCUCGGGCGCGGGCAAGACACGCUCCGUCUUGGAAUACCUGAGCCGCAACCUUGGACUUUAUUUUGUGGCAAGUACCAAACACGACGCCGGCUCCCGCGAUUUGGAAAAGGCCCUCGAAGCUUUCAGAAUCGAAUCAGAAAUAUUAAUUUCACUGUGGACGGGGAUUCCCAAUAUCUAA